UACCUUUACGGCAAAUGAAAUCAAAAACUUGUAUACAGCAAUAAAAAGCUGGUGAUUGUUAAAAGUGUUUGAUUUUCACACAUUUCGAUUCUAUAAGGGUCAUUCUCUUAAUUCUAGUAUAUCCAAAAAUAGAUUCGGCGAUUUAGAAUAACUCUUACGAAUUGUAGGCGUAGUUUUCUAACAUCUAUUUCCGGUGAAAAUAUCAGUUUCUUUUUAUCUCGGCAAAAUGUCAUAUUCUCCAAAAAGUAUUUUUGCUACCCUACCAAGAACCCAAAGAGGUCAACCUCUUGUUCUUGGGGGUGAUCCAAAAGGAAAAACCUUUCUAUAUACUAAUGGAAAUUCAGUGAUUAUCAGAAAUAUUGAGAAUCCUGCAAUAUCUGAUAUUUAUACCGAACAUUCUUGUCCAGUAAACGUUGCCAAAUAUUCACCAAGCGGUUUCUAUAUCGCAUCUGGAGACCAAAGUGGUAAAAUAAGAAUUUGGGAUACAGUCAAUAAGGAACACAUUUUGAAGAAUGAAUUCCAUCCAUUUGGCGGCCCAAUUAAGGAUAUUGCAUGGUCUCCAGACAACCAGAGAAUGGUGGCUGUUGGAGAGGGUAGAGAGCGUUUUGGACAUGUCUUCAUGUCUGAAACCGGAACAUCGGUUGGUGAAAUUUCUGGACAAUCUAAACCUAUCAACUCCUGCGACUUCAGACCUACUAGGCCUUUUCGUAUUAUCACUGGCUCGGAAGAUAAUACUGUUGCCGUGUUUGAAGGACCUCCAUUCAAAUUCAAAAUGACCAAGCAGGAUCAUUCAAGAUUUGUGCAAGCUGUUAAGUAUUCCCCAAGUGGAAAUCAUUUUGCGUCUGCUGGUUUUGACGGUAAAGUCUUUAUUUAUGAUGGUAAUUCUUCGGAAUUGGUUGGUGAGGUUGGUAGCCCUGCCCAUAGUGGGGGAGUUUAUGGGGUAGUUUGGAGUCCAGAUGGAAAGCAACUAUUGACUGCCAGUGGAGAUAAAACUUCUAGGUUGUGGGAUGUUGAGACUAGACAAAUGGUGUCAGAAUUCGUUAUGGGAGCCACCGUUGAUGAUCAGCAAGUUUCGUGCCUGUGGCAGGGAGAAUAUUUGUUGAGUGUAUCUUUAAGUGGCUUUAUCAGUUAUUUAGACAUAAAUAAUCCUCUGAAGCCGAUAAGGGUAAUAAAAGGACAUAACAAGCCUAUUACAGUGAUGACUUUGAGCGAAGAUCGAAGCACUAUCUUCACAGGAUCUCAUGACGGUUUCGUCACUACUUGGAAUGCUUCGACUGGAGAAAAUGAUAGAGUUGAAGGAAAAGGUCACGGGAAUCAGAUAAAUGGAAUGAAAGCGCAUAAUGGAACGCUCUACACGAUUGGGAUCGAUGACUCUUUAAAACAAAUUGAUAUUGAAGGCAACACAUACAAACCCCAGGACGUCAAAUUAGGUUCCCAACCCAGGGGGAUGGAUAUUCUCACCGAACAAAACAUAAUUGUGACCGCAAGUGUGAACGAAAUCACCAUCGUUCAAGACAACCGUAAAGUCAACAGCCUAAAGGUAGACUACGAACCUUCCAGCGUCAGUUGUUCCCCCAGAAACCAUGUGGCGAUUGGAGGUACCGGAGACUCGAAGGUGCACAUUUACGAGUUGAACGGAACAAACCUGACUCCGUUGAAGGAGUUGACACAUCGUGGAGCGAUAACCGACGUGUCCUAUUCGCCCGAUGAUAACCACCUGGUGGCUUGUGAUGCCAACAGGAAGGUUAUACUCUAUAAAGUUCCUGAAUAUGAGAGCUUGGCACUUGCCAACAAUAAAGAAUGGGGCUUCCACAAUGCUAGGGUCAAUACUGUUGCAUGGUCACCUGAUUCGCAACUUAUUGCAAGUGGAAGUCUUGAUACAAGUAUCAUAAUCUGGUCUGUCGCUAAUCCUGCCAAACACACCAUUAUCAAAAAUGCUCAUCCCCAAAGUCAAAUAACGAAACUGAGCUGGGUGGACAAUGAAACCCUGGUCUCAGUUGGCCAAGACUGCAAUACUAAACUGUGGAACAUUACACCAUUUUAAUGCUAUUUAUUUUCAUAACUUCAUCUUUCAUUUUCAUGUUGAACAAAUUAACAGUAAUUUAUCUUAUCAAUUUGAAUUUAUAUUAUGCAUUUACCUACUAUUGAAUCGAAUUUAUUGUUUUUUCUGUUUGAAAUUUUAUACAAAGCUUUAUUUUAUAUUUUUUCCUAAGUCAACGUAUUUCAAAUGAAAUAUUCGUAUAUCUUGAGUGGUGUUCUUGUUUUUUCUUUGAGGUGUGUAUAAUUUAUAGAACAGUAUUUAGGGAUGUUAUUACUAUUUGAUAAAACUUAUUUAUUGAUAAUAAAUCGAUUGCUCAUAA